AUGGAUAUGUUUCAUAUUCAGAGUGCUUUCUACGAGUUGUUACAUGGUACUUCGUUUGAGGAUUCGCUAAUUGCAGCGAUAUCACGUGGUGGCGAUACGGAUACAAAUGGUUCACGUUAUGGUGUUGACGAAAUUCCAGAAAAAUGGAUCAGUACUGUGACGAAUAGCAGGCCUCGUUCUGAGCUGAACGUAAUUGAUCAUAAUGUUGAACGCAUCGUAAAGAAAUUACUGAUUUUGAACAGAUAA